AUGGCUGACCAGCACGAGGUCGAUCUCGACUCUAUAAUUGACCGGCUGCUCGAGGUCCGAGGCAGCCGACCCGGAAAGCAGGUGCAGCUCCUCGAGACCGAGAUUCGCUACCUGUGCACCAAGGCUCGCGAGAUCUUCAUCUCCCAGCCCAUCCUCCUCGAGCUGGAGGCCCCUAUCAAGAUUUGCGGCGAUAUUCACGGCCAGUACUAUGAUCUCCUGCGCCUGUUCGAGUAUGGCGGCUUUCCCCCCGAGGCCAACUACCUUUUCCUGGGCGACUACGUCGACCGUGGCAAGCAGUCUCUCGAGACCAUCUGCCUGCUCCUUGCCUACAAGAUCAAGUACCCUGAGAACUUCUUCAUUCUGCGUGGCAACCACGAGUGCGCCUCCAUCAACCGCAUCUACGGCUUCUACGAUGAGUGCAAGAGGCGUUACAACAUCAAGCUUUGGAAGACAUUUACCGACUGCUUCAACUGCUUGCCCAUUGCCGCCAUCAUUGACGAGAAGAUCUUCACCAUGCACGGAGGUCUCAGCCCCGAUCUGAACUCGAUGGAGCAGAUUCGUCGCGUCAUGCGUCCCACUGAUAUUCCCGAUUGCGGACUGCUGUGCGAUCUCUUGUGGUCCGACCCCGACAAGGACAUCACCGGCUGGAGCGAAAACGACCGUGGCGUGUCCUUCACCUUUGGCCCGGACGUGGUGUCGCGCUUCCUGCAAAAGCACGACAUGGACCUCAUCUGCCGCGCCCACCAGGUCGUCGAAGACGGCUACGAAUUCUUCUCCAAGCGCCAGCUCGUCACCCUGUUUAGUGCGCCCAACUACUGCGGCGAGUUUGACAAUGCUGGUGCCAUGAUGAGCGUGGACGAGAGCUUGCUCUGCUCGUUCCAGAUCCUCAAGCCCGCUGAGAAGAAACAAAAGUUCGGACGGCGUUAAGACAACGAACUGAUGCUCGUCGGCCUCCCGGCUGACGGUGUUCGCCUCGACGACCUAGGUACCACCGCCGACUUUCUUUUUGAUUCUCCGAGACUUUUCACACUGCAACCUGUUCCGUCGCUCCGUCGCUGGGCCGUGUGGCGGUGACGGGUUGCUUGGAGAAGCACGCGCCGAGCCCAUCCUGCAUUAAUGUACCGACUCGGCGGUUCGCUCGCAUCGCCUCUAAUGUCCCAACAUGCAAACUUUGUCAUGACAAAUGGCUGUUUCUUAGCUUCACAGAU